AAUUGCUGGUGGCUUUGAGACAUUGCUCAGUUGAUAGAGCACUUGACUAGCAGUGCAGGGGACCCUAAUCGAUAUAAUGAAGAAGAAGAAUGGAGAUGUCGAAAACAAUUUUUUUUGGUUGCACUUAUGUUCUUCUAGCAUUUUUAAUUUGCCCCGCUGUAGCUAAAAAUACUUUGGAAAUAAAAGGAGAGAGAAGUGAGAAGAACAUAUGCCCCAGCUUGUCUGGGUGGGAAGGGCGGUCAAAGACCCUGUGUUACUGGGACGAAAACCUGUACCAUUGUCUCUUGACAAGAAGUAACUGGUAUUUAGAAGUCUGCACAAAACCCAUCAAAGUAGAUCCAGGUUAUUAUCCUGAAAUAUCUGAGGAAUUUGACAGACUUAACCUUGUGCCAUGUCCAAAGGAUAGGUAUCAACCAGAGGGGGCACUCUCCAACCAGUUCAAAAAGGUCACAUGCGAAUACGCCAAGGCCAAAUGCAACGGAUUAGGCGAAGAUUAUUGUAGCGAUGGUACCACAACCACAGAUUUGGAGUGCAAAUGUGAUUAUCUGAAAGGCUACAUAUCUUUAGAGUAUCUCCUAAGCAAUCCCUUCAACAAAUCAUGCUACAGUAAGAAACAUGUUGAUGAAGGGUGUACCAUGUAUACCUGUCCUGAUAAAGACAAGGAGCUAGACCCAGCCUACAGAUGUGUCAAAAAAUGUGAUCCAGGAUUUUAUCGACCACCGUAUGGGUUUAACUGCAUUCAGAACAAAUCUACAUCAACACGACCUAGUACAUCAUUCUCGGGUACAACCCUGCCUGCUACGAAUAAAACAGAAACGCCUACUACUGUUCUGGUGCCUGUGAAACCUCCACCAAAGUCUCCAGUUACAUCCAAUGUGGAGAAGUGGAAGAAUGCUGGCUAUGUUGCCCUGGUUGUUAUUGCUUUUGUCAUUAUCACUCUGGUUGUGUAUUUCUUAAUGGAGAAAUUUAAAUUUUCAGUUUUUAAAAUCCAUAUGAAACAACCGCCCAUCAUUAAACCCUUCUUCAAUGAGGAUGUGACACUAGAGGCAUAUGUUCCAGGAUUUUCCUGGUUUAACAUUGAAUUUCAAUGGAGUCGGAUUUUGGGUGAGGAUCAGAAACAUGAGGAAGAGGAAAUUCAGCCUGACGGAGAGCAGAGCCAUUUCCUUAUAAGGACAGAGGGCUGUAGCUCUUGUCUUACAAUAAGUCAAGUAUCAGUGCAACUGGAGGCAGAAUAUGUCUGUAGAGCUAACUUAAAGUGCUGGUCAAGAAUCGCUGAUAAGACCUCAACAACUUUAUAUGUCAGAGGAGGCCAGUUUUACACUCCCCAGCCAUCACCAAUGCCAAGCCCACCUGCAGGCAAAAGACAGGAAGACGCAAAAUUACCAAUUUUAAAUGGAAUUUAUGCUCCAAAAGCCACCAUGGACACUGAUGAUGAACAUGACAACAAACAACACAAUGGACAAAUAAUUGCAGGAACUUUUAUUAAAGAGGUUCAUAUACACCAUGGAGAAAAUGUUGUCAUAGGUGAUAACAGUUCUAUGGUUGUCACAUAUAAUCCCAAGACCAAGAAAAAGAAAAAAUCAAAGAGAAAAAAGAAAAAGGAUGAAGAUUCAGAUGAUGAUUCUUCUUGUAGCAGUGACACACCUCUUGUACCACCGAAACUUGUCACAAAUCUGGAUAGAGAGAUAAAAAAUUUAGAUAUGUUAGCCCGAAAGUCACAAUACAAGCUGAAAGUUGUGGAUGUACCAGGAGAUGGGCAUUGUUUAUACCAUGCUUUCAACCAGAGUAAAGACAUGCAUGGGCUACCGGAUGAUCCGGCUGCACUCAGGAAACGUUUAGUCAAAUAUCUGGAAUCCAAUCCAAACAAUCCCGAUGGAAUGCCAUACAAAGACUUUUUGUGUUUUCCAUUAGAUUCAGACCGUGGGGCUCUUGAACCAGAAGACAUGGCAAUAGAGAGGGAUGUGGAAGGAGAGGAGGAUCAAAAAGAAUUGCGGUGGCAAAGAUUCCUGAAAAAGAUCCAAGAUGGGGAGUGGGGAGGGAGUCUGGAGAUCUUGGGACUAGCCCAGCUAUACAAUGUUCCAGUCACUGUGUUAUCGGUUGGAAUGAACGGCUUCAAACUCAAUGCAAUUCCCUUUAAUCACACCCAUGAAACGGCACUCAAUCCAACUGUUUUUAUUGGGCAUCUGAAAGUUGGCGGAAAAGGAGCACAUUUUGUUUCCUUCAGAUCUCUUCAUGAAAAUACCAUUGAACAACCAUCAAGUAUGCAGCAAGGUGAACUACACAGGAAGCAUAUAGACAGCAGUUAUCCAUAUAAAGAUGGGAAGGUCAUUGUUGACCAUGAACUGGACAAGCGGAUAGGCUGCAUAGAAAUCUCUGCUAAAUCAAGGACUAAUGGAACGGGGUUCAGGGUCGGCAGCAAGUACGUCAUGACAGCAUUCCAUGUCAUGAAGGAUAUUCUAAUUCCAUUUUGGAAGCAAGUUUAUAGCCGACUGGAAGGUGAAGAAAGACUUCCAUUGAGGUGGACUGCAGAAAAUGUGCCAGUGGAUGGCAGAUGGAAUCUUACUAACCUUUUAUCAUCUCUAGACCCCAGCAAACAGGAGAAAAUUAUAAAUAUAGCAGAGGAUAUGAUUACAAAAUCCGCUUUAAUCAAAUUUGGAUUUCUGGGUGGUAAUUCAGAUAUGCUGAGUGUUCUCAAAUUCUCAUAUGACAUACCUUUUGCAUCUCAGCAUCAUGACGUUGUGAUCUUAGAACUCUCAGAAGAGAAAAAUCUUCCUCCGCCUCUUAUACUAAAGGACACCAACAUUCCUGGUGUAAAACUCCACGUGAUUGGUCAUCCGAAAGGGAUCGAACUUCAACAUGACCCCGGAUGUAAAAUCAUAGAUGAUCAGGAAGAAUUGACUGAACUAGUGAACAAGGGCAUCAAUUUCUUCACAAGUCUCGGUCAUGAUAAGGAAGAAGUGGAGAAAGACUACGCCCCUUGUUUUCUCUCCACAGAUCACAUUUUAUUCCACUGCUCUAAGAGCACAGCUCAUGGGGCCUCAGGUUCUCCACUCAUCGUCAUUAAAGAAAGGCCUCAAGUGACAGGCAUGCUCCUGAAAGGUCAUCCGUAUCUGUACUAUAACUACAACAGUGGGAAGGAGGACCAUCCGGAGCUGCUGGUGGAAUCCGGAAUAUCCAUGGAAAAAGUCCAUUCCCUCCUGGUAGAACACUCUCUGAUCCAGCUAGCAGAGGAAUUGUUCUCUCAAAAUUUAUGAAAAAGACUGGCAUUGUAGAAGCUGUUUUUAUAGCUGUGAUUAUAUCUAUUUAUAGAUUUCUCUGUUUCUUUAACAAUUUUUUUCCUCUUGCAUUUUAUGCAAAUUUUUAUAGUACUGAAAGCAAAUUUACACUUACAGAAAGGGGCAGUUAUUUGUCAUAUAUACACUCUCGGCAUUGCUGAAUUAUGUUCUGAGAUUAUCAAUAUUCUAAUUUUGAGAAAUGCAGAAUAUGUCAAUUGUUCCUUUUCAAACAGUUAGAAGACUAGUUACUACUAGUAAUUGAACCUAAAUUCCUAAGGAUCUUUGAAUUCAAGCAAUUAACAACAAAAAACUUUCCAUUACUAAAUUUCUAUAUUAAUAGAAAUAAAUUUUCUCUAAAGUGAAAAGUACAGAUUUUAAAAUUUAAAAAGAAAACGAAUCUUUUUACCAUCUAGUUUUUGAAAACGUGGAUUGUCUUUUUCCUGUUUGAGGCAGCUGUUUUUUUUUUUUUUGAGGAAGCCAGUAUAAUAUGAAAAAUGUUUUGGAUACAAUACAUGUACACGUACAUACACUGUAUGUAACUCGCUCACAACAAUUUAUUAAGUGCACUUACAGUACCCAUAGACUGAAAAUAGCUUGUGUAAUAGAAGGAAAAGUACAUCGGUGAAAGUACAGAGGUAUAUUUGUGUACUUGGUAUACUGGGUACCUACAAUUUAGACUGAUCUGUUUUACUCUGAGAUGAUUUGUUAAACAUGUAAUUAUGUAUUCUAUUGAGAAAUGUGAAACAUUUACGAUAAUAUUUUUGAUUAUUUGUUACCGUGUGAUUGAAUUGUUACUGUACAGUGUGCAAAAGGUUGAGUCUUUUAUCCAUAUUUAUAAUUCAUUAAAUAUAUGGUAUCUUGUUGAUUACAUCUAAAGGAUAGUAUCUUCCAAGCUGAAUGACUUUUGGCGAGGCCGAUAUAUUUUAUACUGAAAAUAAUUUUUAUGAUGACUUUUUUACACCUAUAAUGAGUAUAAUUACACAUUUAUGAGCUGCACAAAAUCUAAUAAUGUGCCAAAACAAAUUAAAUGCGUAUUGAACAAAUGGGAAUAUUUUUUUCAAAAUGUUAGCCAUUUUUUAAUUCCCAACAUUAAUAUGUAUAUAAUUUAUGUAGUCACAUCUAAGCUUAAAGCCUAUAGAGUCAUGUUAUGGUUCAUAUAAAUGCUCACAGCAAUCGCUCAGUCAGUGGUGAUCUCAUGUUCAAACACUGAAGAGAAGAAAGUUAUGUAAAAGGAAGUUGAAGUUAAGUCAUUCUUCAUAGCUUUAAUUCUGUAGCUCAUUCUGUGGAUCUCUUUUAGUCCCUUAAUUAUACUAAUCAAUAUUAAGAUCUAGCUCUCUAAUUGAUAAUUUUCAUUUGGUUUUCAUAAUGCAUACAUGUAUGUGCAUGUACAUUAAAUUUGUGAUCUUUGAUAUCUUGUAUACAGUUCAGGUGUAUCAGCUAGCUCAAAUAUACCUGUUAAAUUGUCUCUUAGAUCUCUUUCUAUAUACAUUUGUAUAUCUACCUCUUCUGAAUUUGAACAUGGUAAUUUAUGAAAGGACUUGUACAUGAGUAUUUAUCAUAUAACUUUCCAUUUUGCAAGAUUGCAAUAUAUCGUAGUUAAAAUACACAUAUCGUUUAUGUAUGAAUGAAAUUGUUUGGCUAGAAGUUAAAAUAAUUUUUAUUGAAUACAGAUAUUUUAUCCGUA